AUGUCGCUCAAGGAUCGAAUCUCGUCCCCGCUCGAGGCUGGUACCUCUAUCCUCGAUGCCCACCAUCUACCGCCGCACCUAGCACCUGCUCUCGAGCAUGCAUCUUCUUGUCUUGCUCGAAAGUCUCAGCACAUCACCCUUGUUGUCGCUCGUCGAGACUACCAGCUUCCAUCCGUCGUUCCGCCCAAGGGUUUAUUGACUCCAACGACUCCAACGACCCUAUCUCCCGGUUUCCGUCUCAACUUCUCACAGGGUCCCGUUUCUAGGCUCAGGUCCUUGAUGAAGAAGGGUUCCUCAGUGUCCCUUCGAUCAAUAGACUCGCCGCGAAGUGGGCUAUCUUCGCCUGGCCAGGUUCCCCCACUUGAAAUAUCCAGCCCUCGGUUGAAAUGGCCUAUGUCGCCCUCAACACCCCUGUCUCCUCCUCCCAUGACACCUUGUACUGCCUCGUCGACGACUACAGAUACCAUGAGCUCCAUGAUGACCGCUUCAUCGGGUUUUGGUAUGCGGCUCAUCCACACCAAUGAGCUUAACCCUAGAUCUGAAAAGAUACUGAACUCGAUAUUGGCCAAAACAGAAAAGAAGUUUGCCCUUGGACCAGAGUGGCUCUCGGCCGCUGUCAGGCCUUCAUCCUGCGGCCUCACAAAUCAACUCAUUCACAGCUCCAUCAUUCAAAAUGAGGUCCUCUUCUGCUCGGAGGGCCUCACCAUUUUAUCACUUGACAGAUUGUACAGCUUGAAGAGUGCUCUUUCUAGCUACUCAAAGACGAAAUCCCCUCUCCGCCUCGAAGACGCCGUCGACGAACUCAGACGCAUCAUCCUAGCAACCAAUGGCACAAAGGUUUCCAAGACGGCUAUACUUCGAUCGUAUGACUGGUUGAGUGUGUCGAACUCCGCCCUGGUCGAUUUGGAUCGCAUGUAUCGACGAGCAUACGGAGGACCGGAACAGCACGGGGGAAUUUCAGGCCUUACGAGCUUCGUCGAACCAGCUAUCAAGCCCAUCAGCGAUUCUCAGGAACGGCAUAUAGAGGAAGAGGCGGACGAGGUCACGACUAACGUAGCAGCGUCUAAAGGGAAAACACCAUCGCCGAAGCCUUUGCUCAAGCUACAGACGAAUUUCACUCCCGGGCCUCUUCUUAGGCCAAAACCAAAGAAAUUAGAGGCUUCAGCCCAAGUGCCAGCUCAAGUCGAAGUUAGGGAAGAGGAAGAUGGAGAUCGGACAGCACGACCGACGGACCAGUUGUAUUUCACCAUGCAGCAGUGGGAGCCGCCCUCAACGAUAGAUCAGGUCCUAACUGCAGGACCAGUGAAUCGAAGUGCCUUCAGUCCUCUCACACCAACCCCUAUCAUGAGUCCAGGGUCAACUAAAUUCGGUCCUAUGACACCGCACGAGUAUGAUGAUAUAUCCCCGACAACACGGGGAGAAUGGGGGUUCAUGUUGGCGGACAAUGCCUUCCAAAGUGGUCGCAAAGUUGGAGUCGAGACAUUUUGA